GGAAGCAUCCAGUGACACUCCAAGAUGGCCACAUCAGGAAAGAGGAAAGAAACAGCUCUUCCCGCGGUGCAAGGGGGAGAUCGGCCUUGGGACCUGGCCCUCUGAGGACCCUCCUGGGGCUGGACUGGCCUGUUGGGUGGGAGCCUUUCCAAAAUGGCAACCGCGCCUAGGAACUGGGCUUCUCUGCUCUCCCACCUGCUGCUGGCGGUGAUGUGCUCCUCCACCCUCCUCCCUCGGCAGCCCGCGCCCCAGAAGCGGCCCCUGGUCACUUUCAGUAGCGAGCCAGCCGAGGCUUUCAACCACUUGGUGGUGGACGAGAGGACAGGGCAUAUCUACCUGGGGGCCGUCAACCGGAUCUACAAACUCUCCAGCGACCUGAAGGUCCUGGUGACCCACCAGACGGGGCCAGAUGAGGACAAUCCCAAGUGCUACCCACCCCGGAUCGUCCAGACCUGCAACGAACCGCUCGCCCCCACCAACAACGUCAACAAGAUGCUGCUCAUCGACUACAAGGAGAACCGGCUGAUCGCCUGCGGGAGCCUCUACCAGGGUAUCUGCAAGCUCCUACGGCUGGAGGAUCUGUUCAAGUUGGGCGAGCCCUUCCACAAGAAGGAGCACUACCUGAGCGGGGUCAACGAGAGCGGCUCGGUCUUCGGGGUGAUCGUCUCCUACGGCAACCUGGACGACAAGCUGUUCAUCGCCACGGCCGUGGACGGGAAGCCCGAAUACUUCCCCACCAUCUCCAGCCGCAAGCUGACCAAGAACUCGGAGGCAGAUGGCAUGUUCGCCUACGUCUUCCACGACGAGUUCGUGGCCUCCAUGAUCAAGAUCCCGUCGGACACCUUCACCGUCAUCCCCGACUUUGACAUCUACUACGUCUACGGCUUUGGCAGCGGCAACUUUGUCUACUUCCUGACCCUGCAGCCGGAGAUGGUGUCUCCGCCGGGGUCCACCACCAAGGAGCAGGUGUACACCUCUAAGCUCGUGCGCCUGUGCAAGGAGGACACGGCCUUCAACUCCUACGUGGAGGUGCCCGUGGGCUGCGAGCGGGACGGAGUGGAAUAUCGCCUGUUGCAGGCCGCCUACCUCUCCAAGGCCGGGGCCGUCCUGGCCCGGACGCUGGGGAUCCGGCCGGACGAUGCCGUCCUCUUCACCGUCUUCUCCAAGGGCCAGAAGCGCAAGAUGAAAUCGCUGGAUGCGUCGGCCCUGUGCAUCUUCGUCCUCAAGAGGAUCAAUGACCGCAUCAAGGAGAGGCUGCAGUCUUGCUACAGGGGGGAGGGGACACUGGACUUAGCCUGGCUCAAGGUGAAGGACAUCCCCUGUAGCAGUGCGCUCCUGACCAUUGAUGAUAACUUCUGUGGCCUGGAUAUGAACGCCCCCUUGGGCGUUUCGGAGAUGGUGUGGGGCCUGCCCAUCUUCACGGAGGAUGGAGACCGCAUGACCUCGGUCAUCGCCUAUGUCUACAAGAAUCACUCGCUGGCCUUCGUGGGUACCAAGAGCGGCAAGCUGAAGAAGAUUCGUGUGGAUGGCCCCAAAGGGAGUGCCCUGCAGUAUGAGACCGUGCAGGUGGUGGAGCCUGGCCCCAUCCUCCGAGACAUGGCCUUCUCCAAGGACCACGAGCAGCUCUACAUCAUGUCUGAGCGGCAGCUCACCAGGGUCCCCGUGGAGUCCUGCAGCCAGUACCGGAGCUGCAGCGAGUGCCUCGGCUCAGGGGAUCCCCACUGCGGCUGGUGUGUGCUUCACAACACGUGCACCCGGAAGGAGCGCUGUGAGCGGUCGCGGGAACCUCGCCGCUUCGCCUCCGAGAUGAAGCAGUGUGUCCGCCUGACUGUGCAUCCCAACAACAUCUCCGUCUCUCAAUACAGCGUGCUGCUUGUCCUGGAAACCUAUAACGUCCCAGAGCUGUCAGCCGGUGUCAACUGCACCUUCGAGGAUCUGUCGGAGAUGGACGGGCUGGUGGUGGGCAACCAGAUUCAGUGCUAUUCCCCCACGGCCAAGGAGGUGCCCCAGAUCAUCACCGAGAACGGGGACCACCAUAUUGUCCAGCUGCAGCUGAAGUCAAAAGAGACCGGUGUGACCUUUGCCAGCACCAGCUUCGUCUUCUACAACUGCAGCGUGCACAACUCUUGCCUGUCCUGCGUGGAGAGCCCCUACAGAUGUCUCUGGUGCAAGUACCGGCACGUCUGCACCCAUGACCCCCAGACCUGCUCCUUCCAGGAGGGACGCGUGAAGCUGCCAGAGGACUGCCCCCAGCUGCUGCGAGCAGACAAGAUCCUGGUGCCCGUGGAGGUGGUCAAGCCCAUCACACUCAAGGCCAAGAACCUGCCUCAGCCGCAGUCCGGACAGCGGGGCUAUGAGUGCAUCCUCAGCAUCCAGGGCAUCGAGCAGAGAGUACCUGCCCUGCGCUUCAACAGCUCCAGUGUCCAGUGCCAGAACACCUCGUACUCCUACGAGGGCAUGGACAUCAGCAGCCUGCCGGUGGAGCUGACCGUCGUGUGGAAUGGGGACUUCAGUAUUGACAACCCGGCCCAAAACAAAGUUCACCUGUACAAGUGUGGCGCCAUGCGGGAGAGUUGUGGCUUGUGCCUCAAGGCGGACCCGGACUUUGAGUGCGGCUGGUGCCAGGGCCCAAGCCAAGGGCAGUGUACGCUGCGGCACCACUGCCCUGCCCAGGAGCAUCAGUGGCUGGAGCUGGCGGGCCCCAGCGCCAAGUGUACCAACCCCCGCAUCACUGAGAUCAUCCCGGUGACCGGCCCACGGGAAGGAGGCACUAAAGUGACCAUCCGCGGGGAGAACUUGGGCCUGGAGUUCCGGGACAUCGCCGCCCAUGUCAAGGUGGCAGGGGUGGACUGCAGCCCCCUGGUUGCUGGUUACAUUCCUGCGGAGCAGAUCGUAUGUGAAAUGGGGGAGGCGAAACCCAGCCAACAUGCCGGCUUCGUGGAGAUCUGUGUGGCAGAAUGCAAGCCUCAAUUUAUGGCCCGCUCCUCGCAGCUCUACUACUUCAUGACCCUGACCCUCUCUGACCUGAAGCCGAGCCGAGGGCCAAUGUCCGGGGGCACCCAGGUGACCAUCACCGGCUCCAACUUGAACGCGGGCAGCAGCGUGGUGGUCAUGUUUGGGAACCAGCCCUGCCUCUUCCACAGGCGGUCCACCUCGCACAUCAUCUGCAACACCACAGCCUCGGACCCCAGCCUGGACAAGGUCAAGGUGUCGGUGAAGGUGGACCGGGCCCGGAUCCCCCAGGAGCUGCAAUUUGAGUACGUGGAGGAUCCCACCAUCCUGAGGAUCGAGCCUGAGUGGAGCAUCGUCAGUGGCAACACCCCUAUUGUCGUGUGGGGGACCCACCUGGACCUCAUCCAGAACCCCCAGAUCCGAGCCAAGCAUGGCGGGAAGGAGCACGUCAAUGUCUGCGAGGUCCAGAAUGCCACCGAGAUGACUUGCCAGGCUCCAGCCCUCGCCGUGGGGCCGGACCACCAGGCGGACCUGGCCGAGCGGCCCGAGGAGUUUGGUUUCAUCCUGGACAACGUCCAGUCCCUGCUGAUCCUCAACAAGACCAACUUCACCUACUACCCCAACCCCGUGUUCGAGGCCUUCGGCCCCACGGGCGUCCUGGAACUCAAACCGGGCACUCCCAUCAUCCUGAAGGGCAAGAACCUGAUCCCGCCUGUGGCCGGCGGGAACGUGAAGCUGAACUACACAGUGCUCGUUGGGGAGAAGCCAUGCACCGUGACCGUGUCUGACGUGCAGCUGCUCUGCGAAUCUCCCAACCUCAUCGGACGACACAAAGUCAUGGCUCGCGUCGGGGGUCUGGAGUUUUCCCCGGGAACGGUGUACAUCUCCCCGGACAGCCCGCUCAGCCUGCCCGCCAUCGUCAGCAUCGCCGCCGCCGGUGGGCUGCUCCUCGUCUUCAUCGUGGCCGUGCUCAUCGCCUACAAGCGCAAGUCCCGCGAGAGCGACCUCACCCUCAAGCGGCUGCAGAUGCAGAUGGACAACCUGGAGUCCCGCGUGGCGCUCGAAUGCAAGGAAGCCUUUGCCGAGCUGCAGACGGACAUCCACGAACUGACCAGUGACCUGGAUGGAGCGGGGAUUCCCUUCUUGGACUACCGGACUUACACCAUGCGAGUGCUGUUCCCUGGGAUUGAGGCCCACCCCGUCCUGCGGGACCUGGAGGUACCCGGAUACCGGCAGGAGCGUGUAGAGAAGGGGCUGAAGCUGUUCGCCCAGCUCAUCAACAACAAGGUGUUUCUGCUGUCCUUCGUCCGCACCCUGGAGUCCCAGCGCAGCUUCUCUAUGCGGGACCGCGGGAACGUGGCCUCGCUCAUCAUGACUGGCCUGCAGGGCAAGCUCGAGUAUGCCACUGACGUGCUCAAGCAACUGCUCGCUGACCUCAUCGACAAGAACCUGGAGAGCAAGAAUCACCCCAAGCUGCUGCUGCGCAGGACAGAAUCGGUGGCUGAGAAGAUGCUGACCAACUGGUUCACGUUCCUACUCUAUAAAUUCCUCAAGGAGUGUGCGGGGGAGCCCCUCUUCUCCUUGUUCUGCGCCAUCAAGCAGCAGAUGGAGAAGGGCCCCAUCGACGCCAUCACGGGCGAGGCCCGGUACUCGCUGAGCGAAGACAAGCUCAUCCGCCAGCAGAUCGACUACAAGACCCUGGUGCUGAGUUGCGUCAACCCUGACAACGUCAACAGCCCCGAGAUCCCGGUCAAGAUCCUCAACUGUGACACCAUCACCCAGGUCAAGGAGAAGAUCCUAGAUGCCAUCUUCAAGAACGUGCCCUGCUCUCACCGGCCGAAAGCCGCAGACAUGGACCUAGAGUGGCGGCAAGGGAGUGGGGCCAGGAUGAUCCUCCAAGACGAAGACAUCACCACCAAGAUCGAAAAUGACUGGAAGAGGUUGAACACCCUGGCUCACUACCAGGUGCCAGAUGGCUCCGUGGUGGCUCUGGUCUCCAAGCAAGUCACGGCCUACAAUGCUGUCAACAACUCCACCGUCUCCAGGACCUCAGCGAGCAAAUACGAAAACAUGAUCCGGUACACGGGGAGCCCAGACAGCUUGCGCUCCCGCACGCCGAUGAUCACGCCUGAUCUGGAGAGUGGGGUCAAAGUGUGGCACCUGGUGAAGAACCACGAGCAUGGGGACCAGAAGGAGGGGGACCGGGGCAGCAAGAUGGUGUCUGAGAUCUACCUGACACGGCUGCUGGCCACCAAGGGCACCCUGCAGAAGUUUGUGGAUGACCUCUUCGAGACCAUCUUCAGCACCGCCCACCGAGGCUCUGCCCUGCCCCUCGCCAUCAAGUACAUGUUUGACUUCCUGGAUGAGCAGGCGGACAAGCACGGCAUCCAUGACCCCCAUGUCCGGCACACUUGGAAGAGCAAUUGCUUGCCGCUGCGAUUCUGGGUCAACGUGAUCAAGAACCCCCAGUUUGUUUUUGACAUCCACAAGAACAGCAUCACAGACGCCUGCCUGUCAGUGGUGGCCCAGACCUUCAUGGACUCCUGCUCCACCUCGGAGCACCGGCUGGGCAAGGACUCCCCCUCCAACAAGCUGCUCUACGCCAAGGACAUCCCCAGCUACAAGAGUUGGGUGGAGAGGUAUUACUCGGACAUCGGGAAGAUGCCGGCCAUCAGCGACCAGGACAUGAACGCUUACCUAGCUGAGCAGUCCCGCAUGCACAUGAAUGAGUUCAACACGAUGAGCGCGCUCUCCGAGAUCUUCUCCUACGUGGGCAAGUACAGCGAAGAGAUCCUCGGAGCCCUGGACCACGACGACCAGUGUGGGAAGCAGAAACUGGCCUACAAACUAGAACAAGUCAUAACCCUCAUGAGCAUAGACAGCUGAGAACUGACCUUCCAGGGCCGCCCUGGAGAGGAGACACACCAAGCCGUGCCUCAGUCUAGAUCAUCAUCUUUACCAAGUGCAAGUUCCCACUGGCUCGUGGUGGCGACAGUGUCGUCGUCGCAGACGCAACCUGUCACUCUCGUCACCUUCUGCCCGCUCGCCGCCUCCUCCCACCCCUUCUCACAGGCUCCUGACAACGAUGGGGCAAGCCCAGCCGGGCCCUGGGGAGACGGCGGCGGGGCCCCUUGGGUGCACUGGGAGAGGAGGGCACUUGCUGCCCAACUGCUGCUGCCUUCCCCCUCCCCCCGUCUCUCAGCAAACCCCGGCCCCAGAUCCGGGUGAGGUUCUCUGAUUGUGGUGGGGAGGGGAUCCCCUCCAGGCCCCACCCAUUGCCCUACACCUCCCCAGCUGCCAGGGGAGGGAAGCUCAGUAUUGACGAUGAGCGACGAGGCGGCCCCUCCCUGCCAUCCCUCGCUGCCCCAUGCCGCACGGCUGGGGCUCGGACGCCACACGGUUCCGGGAAUGGAGGCUGGGGUGAGCGGAGGCUUGGGGAGGCCAAGCCACCCAGCCCCCACUGGCCCAACCCUCUGUGCCCUUGGCCACGGCCCCCGCUGAGUGGGGACCAGCUGAGGACCGGACAGGAAGAGCGCUGCAUUUCACUUUGCCGGGAGCUGGCCCCUCUCCGCUCUGAUUCGCCUCCCUUCCCAUGCAGGGUGCAGGCCGCCUUUCUCCCUAUUCCUUGAAAGCGGUGUCUCAUUUCCACUCCUUGCCCUUCUGCAGCCACCAGCCCUGGAGGAGUUCCUUCCCAGGCUGCCCAGUGGGCAUUGUCCGGCUGCCCCGCGGGCCAGUGGGGCGUGGUGGAAGUUCACACUGUGGCUUGGAGAUUUCUACCUCCAGCUGUCCUGGCCCUGCCACCGGGCUCCUCCACCAACAGCUAAGCGGCCUUCUCGGGGCCCCUACUGGUCUCCCCCUCUCUCCUUCGGAUGCCACAGGAAACUCUUCCGGAGCUUGGAGCUGGGGGUGAACUCCCACAAACUCCAGCUGCUGCAAGGACCGAGACACAGCUCAGAGCCAGGCCCAAGCACACACCUGGAAGAGAGAGAGGAGCGGAGUCUGCCUGACCAUGCCGUCUGUCCAGAAUGUGUUCUCCGAGAACAAGAUCCAGGUUCCUCUCCUGACCCCCGUGGGCCAGAGUAGCCCUCUGGGGGCUUUGGCACCUAGAGUACCAGAACUGGCACGCUCUCUCCAAGAAGAAACUGGGGGCAGCGGGCAAGCUGCCAGGUUGUCCGGCUCCGGGCCGCCAGCCCCCGCUCACCCGGGCCUCCUCCUACCAAUCUCCCCCAUGGUGCUUGGAAGAGGGAUGGCGGCUCCGGCGGGUCCUGGCAGAGCCGAGGGAGGCAGCUGGGAUCUCACAGAGCAGACGUUCCUUUGGCGUGUGGGUGUGUACGUGUGGGUGUGUGGGUGCGCUUGUGUGUCUGUGCGUAUGCAGCAAGGGAAGCUAAGGUUUCUUCGUGUUUUGUGUUUUUGUUUGUGGAUUCUUCCCAGCAGAUCAACUCAUCCUGCACCUUAUGGACGUUCUAACACCCCUUACUGGGGCUGGGGGCGAGGCGGGGAGGGAAGUCGCCUUCCCCUAAGGCGACCAGUGAAGUCACUGACAAAGCAUCCUGGAGGGACAGGAGCCAGAACAAUUGACUCUCCGUUCCCCCUCCUACAACCAGCGGCAGGCAUGGGGGAAGAGAGCCUGCAUGGAGACGUGGGUGAGGGGAGUAAGGGUAAGGAAAACAAAACAAAACAAAAAAACCAAAGGUUUCGAUGAACGAAGUGCCAGGUCGAGCAAAGUUGAGCUUAUUUUCUAGAUUGUUUUAUUCCUUCCUUCCCCACCUUGGCUGUGACCAGGCCGGGAAGUGGGCUGGAGCGGGCCCUCAGAGGCCAACUUUUUUUGCACAUGUGAAGUAGCUGGAGGAGGAGACAACUGAGACACAAACCUAUAUGAAACACAAGUGGGCUGAGUGCAAACAGGUGUGUGUAUAUGUGAGUGUGAGUGUGAUUCCGGUUUUCAUUUUUAUUUUUUGCACAGCUAGAGGGGAAAAAAUAUGAACAAGCAGAAAUGAAACUGUCAUUAUGCUGUCAAAUUUUAUUUUUUUUGCAGAAUUUAUAUUUUGCCGGUACAGAUUUUCACCGUUUUGUUGUGGUUGUUGAGAAAGCUUCAAGCACCUCAGAGUAAUCUACCAAUCUACAGGAACCCAGAGGGGUGAAGAGGCGAGACCCCCUGAACCGCGGUUAGUUGCCGUCCCCCUCCCUCAUCAUCCUCACUCUCCUCUGUCCCCAUGGGCAAAGAUGGUUCUGAUUUCAGCCCAAUGGGGUCGAGGCCCUUGAAUCUUUCUCUGGCUCUCUCAACAUCCUCCUUUCUGCUCUGGUCCCAGACCAGGCCGGGGUGGUGAUGGGUAAAGGUGCUCUUCCUUUCUUCCCUCUCUUGCUCCCCUCUAUCUUGCCUUGUAGGUUUGGAUCCCUUUCCACUUAUUUGUUGGGCAAAUUAUCAGUGCACAUGAUCCGGUGAAAGGUGAAAUCCCAAGGCCCAGGGUUGUGGGGGGGCUGGUGGUUAGGCCCCCUCCCCACCGGCCCCCAGCCACUUACCUCACUACCAGGGGGGAAGGGGUGUUGCCACUGCCCCCUGCAACUGGCCCUCGGGUCAAAUCUCUGUUAAGGUGGAACCUUUAUUGAGCACUGGGGACGUCAGGUCCCGGGGCUGAAGGGAGCCGACUCAGCCCCGGGGCCUGUGUCUGCUGGAGGGACAGCAAAUGCUGGUGGCCCAGGGAAGAUGGGGCUCCCCAAGGGGCUCCCCACAAUAGCCGGGGGAGCAAAAAGCGCAGAGCCCGCUGACCCUUGAAGUGGGAGGCUGGCCUGUUGGCUGACCCAGUGGCUUGUCCGGCUUAGUCCCCACUUGAUGACAGUAAAGGGGCAGUUGACAUGGGUAUGGAAAUCGCUGAACUGGGGUGUGGUUUGUUUGGGGGGGUUUGCCCUGUAAGGUGGACAGAAGCUUUAGAUCUGGGCCUUUCUACCACCAGCAGCAGCUUUUACUCUUGACAAGACCCGCUGGCUGGGGCCAAGUGCAGGUAGGGCGACAGGCUUGACUGGAACCCUAGGCCAAAACAUUUUAGCCCCAUCUCUCCUCCUCUUGGCUUGGGCCCUUCCAGGUUGAUGAAGGUUUUGCCGACUGGGUAUGCUCACCCCCUGACUUAUCCUAGCCCUGUCCUCGGGUCUUCAUUUGUGUGUGACCCCACAGUGGCCUCCCAGCUCCUGUCAGCUUGGGUGUGUUUGUGUGUGUGGUGUGUGUGUGUAUGUGUGCGCGUCUGCACCUGUCCAUGUAAAUGUCCUAGGGUGCAAUUCCAGGUGGGUGCAGUCACCCCUACCUCUGUUCUGUUUCCGCUUUCCUUGCCCCAACGCAUGUGCCGUCUCUGUCUAAUGCAUGUAUAUUUUCCCUUCUUCCUCACUAGGCUCUCUGCCCUUGCUCCCACUACUUCACCUCCAGCAGACCUUCCCUAAACACUGCUGUCCCAGGCUGGGCCACCAUUGUCCAUUCAGUCCCCAGUGUAGACUCAGGGUUGUUCACCUAGAGGGGAAACUGGGUCAGUCCAAAGGGAUGCCUCCCUCGCUGCCCCGUUUCCACUGGCUUCCCAGGCUGGAACUACAUUUUGGAGAUAAGGUGGGACACGGCCUGGCAAGUCACUUUACUUCUCUGGGCCUUAGUUCCCUCAGCUGUAAAAUGGGGAUUGAGACUCUGAG